UAUUUAAUAAAUAUUUAAUAUAUUAUAAAAUUAUUAAUUAAUAAUAUAACACCAUAGGGGCAUAGGGCAUAAACCUUCAAACUAAAAUGUAACUAUUUUUUUUUUUCGUAUUUUAUUUUAUUUAUUUAUACUGUCUAUUGUGUAUACUGAAAUACUUUAAUGCUUAUCAAAUGUACAGAACAAGUCAGUUCAUCAAUAAGCACAAAUUGAGUAUAAAUGAAACAUCAGCUAUUAUAGAACAAAUCGUUCAAAUCCAUAAAUGGAGUCUGCAGAGUGGUAUGAAACCGUUUUUGUGAUUGGUAAGAAAACAAAUGCUGGAACAUUUGAUAAUGAAAAUUGCAAAGUGUUUGAUAAAAAUGGUUAUCGUUGGAUUGUUGAACAACAAUUUUACAAAAGAUUAGAAAUAUCUGAAGAUCCAUGUAAAUGGGAUCAAGUUCAAGUCCAUUCUUGGAUGAAAUGGGCUAAAAAUGAAUACAACUUAACUAAUUUAAAUAUUACUGAAUUAACAAUAAAUGGGAAACAGUUAACAUCAGACAAUUUUUGUUGGAAAAUUGCUGGUUUGGAGAACAAGUCAUCAAAUGAUGAUUUUUGGACACACGUUUGUCUGCUCAAAACUAUGCACAAAGUAUAUACUAAACAAAAUAAUGAAGAAUGUAUCGAUAUAUGUGUAAUUCUCAACUAUAAAAAUAAAAUAUAUUUAAAUUCAGAUUUUAAUCAUGGUAUAGAAAUUUGGCAAUUUUUACUAAAUUUAUUAACAAAUAGUGAAUAUCAAAGUGUGAUUGAAUGGGUCAAUAAUGAAGGAACAUUCAAAAUAAUAAAACCAAAUACUAUUGGUAUCAUGUGGGGUUUGGUUAAAAACAAUUGGAGAAUGAACUACAAUAAAAUGGCUGCAGCAUUAAGAUACCAUUAUGGAAAAGGCAUUAUAGAACGAGCCAAGGGAAAACAUGUUUAUAAAUUUGCUGGUGAUAUAAAAACCAUGAUUGGUUAUAAUCCUAUGGAUAUGAAGAGUAUGUUUCAACAAGAAUCUAAUCAAAUCUAAUUAAGAUUAAGAAACCAAUUUUAAUAAGUUGAAAUAUUAAAUGUG